GAUAAUUACGCUUGGAAGUUUUGAAGUGUUCAUCUAAUUUUGAACAAGUUUGACCCAGAAGUGAAUCUAUUUUACAAUAAACAGGGUGUAUCAGAUGUACUACGGGGCGGAGAGAGAAGGAAGGAGGGUAAACUUUGGAAAAAUUCUAAGUUGGAUAAUUUUCUUCCUCGUCGUGAGGAUCUACUGCUUGAUGGUGAACACCCUGAUGAUAUAGUUGCAGGAGAUCGUAGAGUUCAGACUCAGGCAGGAUUGACUUCAAUGCACAACCUUUUUUUCCUAGAACAUAACAGAAUAGCACAGGCUAUGUACAAGGAGCUGGGAAGUAGGACCAGGAUGACUGAGCUUGAGCUGGAUGAAUUAGUUUUCCAGGAAACUAGAAAGCUAGUUAUGGCUGAGAUUCAAUGGAUAACGUUCAAAGAGUUUCUUCCCUUGGUGAUCGGAAAAAGUGGUAUGGAACAGUAUGAUAUAAAUCUAGAUGCGAGCAAAUAUGAUCCUCAGACAGAUCCUGGUAUAAUCAAUUCCUUUGCAACUGCAGCAUUUAGAUUUGGACACUCUCUUGUGCAGAGUAUAUUCAAGGGGAAAAAUCAGCCCUGGAAGCUGGGGGAAUUUUAUGGAAAUGCCUCCUUCGCAACGGACAAUAAUGGGGAAAAUUUCACCAACGAACUUGUUGGUCUCAGUAAACAGCCAUGUCAGAAUGCAGACGUUCAUAUCACCAACGAGAUGACCCAUUUUCUGUUCUGCAAUGAGAAGACUGAGGGUGGAGGAGGACAUGAUAUUGCUGCAAUUAAUAUACAGAGGGGAAGAGAUCAUGGUAUUCCAGGGUAUCAGGAGUUCAGGCGGCUCUGUGGAUUAGAGGAAUUGGAGAGCCUAGAAAUAACCCCUGAAGGAGUGGAUCCAGCGUCAUGGAGGAAAAUACAAUCAGUUUAUGGUUCUGUUGAUGAAAUAGAUUUAUUUGUUGGAGGACUUGCUGAAUUACCAACACAAGAUGGUUUGAUUGGUCCAACCUUCAGCUGUAUUAUUGGAAGACAAUUUAAAGCUUUAAUGGAAGGAGAUAGAUUUUUUUUCCAUCAUACAGAUGGUCCUGGUAUUCGCCCGCUAACAGGUUCUGCCCUUGAAGAAAUAAAACAGAGAAGCCUAGCUUCCAUUAUUUGUGAAUCCACGAGCAUCUCUGUACUGGCAAAACAUGUGUUCAUUCAGAUUGGUCGUGAUAACGAGAUAGUACCCUGCAACCAACACAUUCCCCUCAAUCUAGAAAACAUUAUAAAUGAAAUCAUUACUUAAUUUAAACCUAUUUUUGAUGUAUUAGUUGUCUUUGAUAAUAAAAUUUUAAUAGGUUCUUU